AUUCUUCUGGUAGGGGUAAUUUCCAACAAUAUUACAAAAGAGUUGAGAUAGAAGAAGAAGAUAUUAGACAUCCUUUGGUGAGAGAGAUUAGCAGGUUGAUUGAACUCAGGUCGGCGUGGAAUUCAAAGUUGGAAGGAGAAAUGAGGCAUUUAUUGAAAUGUCUAAAGCCUAGACAAGUUUGUGCUGUAUUGCGAUCACAGGUUGAUGAACGGGUUGCUCUGAAAUUUUUCUAUUGGGCAGACCGGCAAUGGAGUCGGGCAGGUAAGUUGAGGAAUGCAAUGCGUGUACUGACCAUGAUGCAAAAAGCUGGAAUUGAACCUAAUCUGCUAAUAUGUAACACAGCAAUUCAUGUUUUGGUGAUGGCAAACAGAUUGCCGAAGGCAUUGAGGUUCUUGGAGCGAAUGCAACUUGUUGGGAUUAUGCCUAAUGUUGUCACUUAUAACUGUUUAAUCAAGGGAUAUUGUGAGUUGCAUCGAGUUGAAGAUGCCAUUGAGCUCAUCUCUGAAAUGCAAUGGAAAGGAUGUUCACCUGACAAAGUUAGUUAUUAUACUGUUAUGGGUUUUCUUUGCAAGGAGAAAAGGAUCCAAGAAGUGAGGGACUUGAUGGCUAAGAUGGUGAAAGAUAACAAUUUGGUACCGGACCAGGUUACCUAUAAUACCCUUAUCCAUAUGCUCUCCAAGCAUGGUCAUGCAGAUGAGGCUCUUCAGUUUUUAAGGGAUGCAGAAGAGAGGGGCUUUCAGGUUGAUAAGGUUGGCCAUACUGCUAUCGUUCAUUCAUUUUGCAAGGCAGGAAGGACAGAUAAGGCAAAAGUUAUCAUGAAUGACAUGUUUUCAAAGGCUUGCUAUCCUGAUAUAGUGACUUACACUUCUGUUGUUAAUGGCUUUUGUCGAGAGGGUAAGCUGGACCAAGCUAGAAAGAUGCUUCAGCAAAUGUCUAAACAUGGCUACAAGCCAAACACCAUAUCUUAUACUACUCUGUUAAAUGGGCUGUGUCAGAAUGGGAACUCCUCGGAGGCUAGACAAAUGAUGAGUAUGAGUGAGGAAGAAUGGUGGAGACCCAAUGAAAUCACUUACAGUGUUAUCAUGCAUGGGUUACGCAGAGAAGGAAAAUUAUCUGCAGCUUGUGAUGUGGUGAGGGAGAUGGUUCGGAAGGGUUUUUUCCCGACUCCAGUUGAAAUUAACUUAUUAGUUCAGUCUCUCUGCAGAGAGGGGAAAACAAUUGAGGCUAAAAAGCUCUUGGAGGAAUGUAUGAACAAGGAUUGUGCUGUUAAUGUUGUAAACUUCACUACUGUAAUUCAUGGAUUUUGUCAGAAAGAUGAUUUAGAUUCUGCUCUUUCAUUGCUUGAUGACAUGUAUCUCAACAACAAGCACCCUGAUACAGUAACCUAUACUACAAUAGUCGAUGCAUUAGGAAAGAAAGGUAGAAUAGAAGAGGCAACUGAACUUACAAGAAAGAUGCUUAGGAAGGGUCUGGUCCCCACACCUGUUACAUUCAGGACUGUCAUUCACCGAUACUGUCAGAUGGGUAGGGUGGAAGAUUUGUCGAAAUUGUUAGAGGAGAUGCUUUCAAGAAAGAACUGUAGGACAGUUUAUAAUCAAGUGAUUGAGAAGCUUUGUAGCUUCGGAAAGCUUGAUGAGGCUGAUAAACUCUUGGGAAAAGUUUUGAGAACAGCUUCAAGAAUUGAUGCUACUACAUGCCAUGUGCUUAUGGAGAGCUACCUGAGCAAAGGACUUCCAUAUUUGGCGUAUAAAGUGGCUUGUAAGAUGUUUAGUCGCAAUCUCAUCCCUGAUCUGAAGUUGUGUGAAAAGGUGAGCAAGAAACUUGUGUUAGAAGGAAAAUCAGAUGAGGCUGACAACCUGAUGUUACGGUUUGUUGAGCGUGGACACAUUUCAUGAUAAUCUUAAGAGCUAUCACAUGGAUAAUGAAGCCUGUUCUAGCUCAAACUUAUGGUUAGGGCUGGUCUCUGUUUAUGUUUAUCAUUCUCUACCACUAAACUGAUCUGCCAAAGUCAACUGUUCUCCGUCCAAUCUUUUAAGUGAGCCUGAGGAAGGUAGAUACAGUACUUGUAUUAUAUGAGACAUAAUUGCCCUACUCUUCUCUGGUUUCUUCGAAUUGUAAGGAUUAGCAACUUAACAUAUUGAUAAGAAUAUGAUUAGCUUCCUUCAGUGGUUGAGGAACUGUACCGCUUACAUGUUUUUGAGGUUUCAUCUUCUGUGCUGGAUUAUAUGACAACUUAUCCUACCUCCUCCAUUAUUGUCUUUUUGCAAGUUGAUGAAGCAGUCUAAAUAUCCAAAUGGAAUAUCUUUAUGAUGCUUCCUUUCUCUUUUUCAUGGUGGGUCCUUUUCAAAGAGAAAGAAUCAUAUGCUUUAUUAGCUGGCUGAUCAUUGAGUGUUAAUUGGUUAGUCAGGAUGCUUUGAAUUGAAACUGGGAGUAAGAUCCAACAUGGGGCUCUAUGGAGCCUGUAGCCUUAUUGGGAAGACAUGGACUGAAAUUUCCUUCCCCAAUUUGGGACCAGAGCUUUUUGUUAACGUAAAGGUGCUUAGGGACUUGGCACUGGGUCAGUAAAACUACUGGCAGACAGUCUAUAAAGAUGGGGAUCCAUUUUAUACUGCAGAGAUUCACUUUGCUAUCUCGCCAGUCAGUUGGGCAUGCUUUGGAAAAAGCAAUAAAUGUUAUACAUCAUGUCUUGAUAACACCUCCUACUUCGAUGUUUCAAAUACUCAUUGAAGGCAUCUUACUAGUAAAAGGACCCAAACAAUCUGGAAAGAUGCAAAAGAAAAAUAAAACUUGGGAGGAGCCCUGGCUUUGGAAAAUGGUGGGCCGUUUACUUGCUUUGCUGUCAGAUUGAAGAUAUAAGGGUAUCUUAUGUUGAAAGGCACCAUAUGGAACCUUCCAAUAUGUCUGCAUCAUGGCCGACCCAUCCUACCAAAGGUUGUAAAAUUUUCAAUUUACUGGUGCCGCAUCUUUGAUGUCAUUUCCCCAGUAAAGUCAUGUCUGAUUUGCAAAAUUAAAUAACUUGAUUAAAGACGGCGUGAAACUAGGCUAAUACAGGCUUUUUUUCAUUAGGUUAACAUGUAAUGGCAAGUGUGUACAUUUCAUAGUGUAUUUGUUCUGUACAUUCACAGUAAUAAGUUAUAAAUUUCCAUUUCCACAGAACCUUUUCAGUCCUUGGAUUUUUUGGAUAUACUACUACUUACAGAUUUGAUUUUGGAGAAACUACUGAAAAUUAUUACCGUCUUUCUCUUUCUAAACUGAGCUAUAAUCUAGAUUUGAAACAUUGAUUCAUGUAUUGGUUUAUUUUGUAGAACUGCUAAGCAUUGGAAUGUUUUUUUUUUUUUUUUUUUCUAGUUUUUGGUCUUGCAAAUACCUUGAAUCUAAUUCUGUGCUUUAUUCAAAAGCAUAAACCCUACUUCAUGGCUGCAAAAUAUGUUGGAAGCAUUCGUAUAUUUUCUUUUUGUCAGUAGGUAUUAUUUCAUUAUUCCAACCAUACAAGCAUCUUGUGUAAAAACCUACCUUGAUUUAACAAAACAUUUGACAAUUAUGACAGACUGGAGAAAAAUCUCCAUAUAAAAUCCAAGCAGUGGAGGGACAUAAUAUGAUGGAAAAACUCUGGAACCGUGUUCGGCUUCUUGCCAGCGAGCACUAGAGUCUUGGAUUCAUUGCAUUUGUUGCAGGUAUGUCAGUGGAAAAGCUAACACAUGUCACAUAUCUUUCAUGUUUUCAGUACUAAAAGAUCCAGAUUCAUCCAGCCUGAGAACGUGUACUCAGUGUAUGGUCCUUAUUCAUGUGUUUUUGAUCAUUUUUCAUGUGCGUUAUACAUUGCUCCCUAAUUAUAGAGAUGCAUCAUUGUUGUCAA